AAUCAUUACCGGCAAUAACCAUUUUCCUUCACAUUCAAAAUAUGAAGUCCGCUCCAGUAGCCCAAUCAUUCACACUAAUCGAGACGAUAAUAACGUUUAAAUCAAAGUUUUCCGUCAAUCACAAAUUCAAUCCCUGAUUCCUUCGGUACAAAGCUACGGAAAGAAAAGGAUAUGUUGAGAGAAUCUCAAUCUCAGAGUUUUGACCUAAUCAAGAGACUAGAACUCCAUGUGAAGUCCUUAUCAGAAGCUCGUAAUGAAGACAAGAAACACAUUCAGAAGUUGGAAAGAGAGCUAAUGAACUGCUCUCAAGAGAUAGGUGCAGUUACUUUCAUACUCAUUUGUGUAGAUUACCUUGAGGAUCAACUGAAUGCCAGGAAUGAAGAGGUGCACAGUUUAAGUGAGCACAUCCACAGCCUUGAGUUGAAAUUAGUAGGCAUGGAAAAUUUACAAGAUGAAGCAGCUCAGUUAGAGGAUGAAUUGAAGAACUCUGAUUCACAGCACUUGUUAUUGUUUGAAGAACUACAGAGGAAAGAAGAAGAAAUCCAAAAGUCAGCUUUGUGCAUAGAGAAACUGGAGGAGUCAAUUUCAGCCUCAGUGCUGGAGUCUCAGUGUGAAAUAGAGAGUUUGAAGCUUGAUAUAGUAGCCCUAGAGCGGACUUGUAUUGAAGCUAAGAAAAUUCAGAAAAAGAGCAUUCAAGAAAAAGCUAGGAUGAAUUCAUUAAUUCAAGAACUUGAAGUUCGAAUUCAAGAUGCAGAGGAAAUUAUUCAAUGCUUAGAAAAGGAAAAUAAAGAGCUAAAGAAGAAGCUGCUCACCUCUGAAAUGAAUGCUAGGGUAUUUUGUCAAAAGAUAGAGGAAUGGAUGGAAAAGGAGGAUAGAACAGAGCUCAAUACUCACUCUUGUGUGAGUGAACUAGAGAGAAAUCACACCAUAUCAAAAGAAAUGGGAAAAGUCUUUGGUGCUUUUCUUUCAAAACUGGCACCAGAUGCAGAUUUGGAGGAGAAGAUAAAGAACAUGUCACUUCAAAUAUGUGAAUAUGAACUUCUUGUGAAGCAGCUCAAGGAAGAACUGAGAGAGGAAAAAUUAAAGGCAAAGGAAGAAGCAGAGGACCUGGCACAAGAAAUGGCUGAGUUGAGGUACCAAAUGACCAAUUUGCUCGAAGAAGAGUGCAAGCGACGUGCUUACAUUGAACAGGCAUCUUUACAGAGAAUAGCUGAGUUAGAAGCACAGAUUCAAAAAGAACAGAGAGAAUGUUCAGCUGUUGGCAGACAUCUCCGUGAAGCAUAGGAAGUGGCUCUACCAAGAGCUGUGGAGCCUGAUUAAUUGCAACUGGGGAUAGGUUCUUGCUAAAUGUGGGUGGCCACACACUCAGGUGUCUGCUAACAGGUUCUUUCCUCUUCUUGUUUAUUUAUAUUAAUUGCUACUUCUUCAUUAGAUUCCAGAA